UAGAGCGUGUGUGUUUGGAGUUGGAGCUCCUCGAUCUUGAGGAAGAAAUUAUUGUAUUACUAAUGUUGUGGCGCAGGCGACAGAAAAGACGUUUGCGGAGGUGGUCUGUACGACCAUUAAACCAGUCGAGGCAGAGAACGGGUGAAUUUACCGCACUGGUUCGCCCACUGAGAGACCUGGAUGAAGAGAUCUGAGGUCUGCAAAGCAUUGUGGAGGUCUCUACAGUCUGAAUUUCUUCCAUGUCCUUCACCCGGCCAGUGGGAAGCUGUUGCUGCAGACUUUUGGCGAUUGUGGAACUUCCCGAACUGUGUAGGAAGCCUCGACGGGAAGCAUGUCAACAUCAAGAGUAAUCACUCCAUUGUUCUGAUGGAAACGUGUGAUGCUAGGUAUCGCUUCACCAUGGUGGACAUGGGUGGCUAUGAAAGGGAAAGCGACGGGGGCAUUGUCAAAGAGAGCAAAUUUGGUUCAAUGCUGCUUGACCACGAGCCCAAUCUGCCCCCACCAGCAAAACUCCCCGGAACAGAUGUCCAGAUCCCCCAUGUGAUUGUUGGUGAUGCUGACUUCCCCCUACACUGCAAUCUCAUGCGUCCCUUCCCAGGGACAAAUCUGAGCACGGAGAAGCAGACCUUCAAUUACCUUCUUUCCAGAGCCAGGCAGGUAACAGAAAAUAUGUUUGGAAUCAUGGCAGCAAGGUGGAGGGUUCUUGGGCGACCAGUUGAGUUCCAGCCAGACAAGGCGGUGGAUGUUGUGAAGGCAUGUGUUGUCCUGCACAACUACCUGGCCUACAACGACGAACUGAACACACCCGAUAACAGGUACAUACCACCAAGCUUUGCAGACUCCGAUUCAAGUGGAUCAGUAGAGCCUGGGGAGUGGCGAAGACUGGUAGCAGGGGACUCAAAUCUGGUGGGACCCAUAGAUCCCUCACAGAUGUCAAGGCGCCAUUCCACCAGAGCAGCCCAGGCUGUCCGCAACGAUUUGACUGCCUUCUUUAUGUCACCUCAAGGACUGGUGCCUAGGCAGAACGACAUACUGUAGUGUGCCGUGGCACUCUUGGAUAAUACAGAUUUGGGCAGCAUGACUUUGAAGUCUGUAGAAUACUGCA